UUUCAUUUAUAUUUCGUUCGCUUUAUUGUCUACUCAAACACAUCUCUACAUUAACCCAUCGCUGUCGCAAUGUCUUCCAAUGACCACGGCAGUUCCUCACGACGUGCAGACAGAGGAUAUGAAAGAGAAGACGGAUCCGCUUCUUCACUAAACGGCCAUACCAGACAUACAACAGCAGGCCUCAGAACCUCCCACUGUAUCAUUUUCAACCACGACGAUACCCGAUCCACUUUUGCUCGUCCUGUUGAGGCAAGAUACCAGGAACAAGAAGAUUUCCCUCUAAGAAGCCCUGACGUACCUUUUGAUAAUGAACCAAAGCAACUCUGGCCAGUGAAAGGCGAUAUGUCCGUGCCCCUUUCACCUGAAGAAAUCACAAGGAAUCAUUCAACCAUUGACCGCGACUGGACAGUACCCACAGUCAACAGAAAACCUACGACAGCUGACGACAAAUCCAAGAAAAGAACGACAAAAUCACCAGGCCAAUCUAAAAAGCCAGAGGCAGCCACGACAAAAUCAUCAGCCGAACCCGAAAGCCACGUUGAAUCUGUAAUGAAAAAGUUGGGGCUUGACAAAGCCAGUAUACAAGCAAAGUUAGACGCCGCCGCCCAAAAACCUCCUGCCGCCCAAAAACCUCCUGCUGCCCAAAAACUUCCUGCUGCCCAAAAACUUCCUGCUGCCCAAAAACUUCCUGCUGCCCAAAAACUUCCUGCUGCCCAAGCCUCUAUGCAUCCAUCCAAGCCUUCUACUUCCGCAAGCUCUUCACACGCUGAAAGUAGCACUGCUGCUGCACAUCGUCAAGCAACCAAACGUGUUGUUCCUACUAAAAAUGCUGUUCCUACUGAAGGUACUCCUUCGUCCACGGCGCCAUCUUCAGCAGAGCCGUCCCCUAUUGAUUUCCCUGAAGUAAGAAAUAUCAUGUUCACGCUCGGUGAAGAAAAUGAUCCUAUUGCCUUACGAAGACUAAACCAUUUAAAGCGUGGCGAACUCAAUCAAAUUGACGAAUCAAAUAAACCAAGUCUAACUAUUGGUAUUCCCAAACCCGUUCCUGAACUCAAAAAGCUUGCUCACAAGAGAGCCCACUCCGAAGUCGAGCUAGAAGAAGGCGAGACCGUUAGCCCUCCGUUAUCUCCUAUUGACAAAAAGCGGAAGGUGUCACCAACCCCCUCCAAGCCUGCUGAGCCUCUACCUGAGCCCAAGAAGAGAAAACGUAGUAUUCCUGAUAACCCUGUUGAAGAUGAAGAUAUCGAAAAUCUUAGACCAAGGAAGAAGCACCAAAUGUCCCCGAAACCUUCUGCAAUCCUGGCCAGUGCUAAAAGACCGCCUCCGCCUUCGCCUCCGCCUCCUGAAAAGAAACCAGCUGAAGAAAGUUCGUCCGUCAAAAAGUCAUCCGUGGCUGUCUACCCCACGAAAAAGUCUGCCUCUCCCACAAAAAAGUCUGCCUCUCCCAUUAAAAAGUCUGCCUCUCCCAUUAAAAAGUCUGCCUCUCCCAUUAAAAAGUCUGCCUCUCCCAUUAAAAAGUCUGCCUCUCCCACGAAAAAGUCUGCCUCUCCCAUUAAAAAGUCUGCCUCCCCCAUUAAAAAGUCUCCCUCUCCCAUGAAAAAGUCUGCCUCUCCCACGAAAAAGUCUGCCACCUCUCCCAACGCUGAAGCUAGCGAUCAACUCAAGAUAUUCUCCAUCCUCUUCCAAAAACUUGGCGCUGCUUACAAGGUACGUGGUGAUCAGAUUGUUGAACAUCAUGGUGCUACUCUUUCAAGCACCCUUGACCAUUUCCAUGCGCUGUGUAAUUUUGUAUUGCAAUUUCAUUAUAUUGACAAGCUCACUGAACGUGCAAAGCAGCCUAUUAAUUACCGGACAUGGGCAUCGCUCUUCCCCUUUGCUGAUUUCGUCCUGAAACUAUUGGCUAAGUUUCAAUUGAAAGAACUUCAUGGUCUCUGCCUUCGCUUAAUGGCUAUUGUCAAAUUGUACUUGGUUGCUCAGGCAAAUAUGAACCUCAAGCCUCUCUUUAUGAAACAAAUGGCCUCCUACGAAGAACAGGUCAAAACCGGUCAAAUCUUGCAGAAAACCGAUCAUGACAACUGGAUCCAGGUGGAAGAGCUUUACAAGCAAAUCAAGGCGGACCAUGCCGUAGGUCUCCGAUGGUUGGAUGCAUCUGAAGAAUGGGCCGGUUUCCAAGGUCUCUUGAACAAUUUCCCUCAGACCUUCCAAAACAUCUGCGAAAAUGGUAAUAUCGACGAUGGUAUCGUCAUUGGUGGUGAGGCUGGAACAUCCUUUGAACCUUUAUACCCAUUUUAUGACGGCGUCAAUUUGAACAUUGUUGCACUUGCUAUUAAAUGUACACUAACGGAAUUCGUCAAAACCAAAAACAUACCUUAUGAUUUUAUAGUUGAUACCGCUGAUUUUAUGUAAACCCAAAAAAAAAAAAAAUUCAUUCUUUAUUCUUUCUAUUCCCCAAAAGCAUUCUAAUAUCAAUUGCUCUAUAAAGAGCAUUGAUUUUGUUAUAAAAGAACUAUUUCUAUAUAUUUAUACCUAAUAAAAGUAUUUACUUUUGUCAUAAUUUUUUGCAAAUAGUUGAAUUUUGUUUUUUCGUGGCUGAUGUACCCACACAUCUUUAUAUUGGCCGUUUGCCCCCUUCAAGCAAAAAUAGUUAGUUAGAAUUAUAUUCAUGGCAGCUACUCUUUAAAAACUAAGGGUCAAGUAAUACUUGGCUUUUAAAAUGAACAAUUUUUAGCAAGCUGCUGCCUUUAAAAAAUAAGCUCAGAGUCGCCCAGUAACGACAAA